AUGUCGAAUGAUCCAACCAAUUCUACUCAUGGCAACACUACCACCGUUUUUAUCUACGAACUCGAAGAAGGAAUAUUACAAGCAGUUUUUCUUUUCGUUAUCGUCAUUUCUGGCGUCUUCGGAAAUCUGUAUAUUUGCAGCGUAAUUUACAAAAACAAGAAUUUGAGAAAUCCAACUUUUAUUUUUCUCGUAAAUCUCGCCGUAGCAAACAUUGGAGCGCUCACGCUGUGUAGCCCGUUUGCGCUCAUUAACAGCAUUCAAAGGAGAUUCACAAUGCAACAACACUGGUGCCUCAUCAAUGGAUUUCUGAACAAUUUCUUUUUUUGUAUUUCCAUUUUCACCUUGUCCCUCAUAGCCGGUCAGAAUUAUUUUUCAAUUGUUAAACAACCAUCUUGCGAAUGGCUACAAAUUACAAAAAAUAGGGCCAAGUUUCAUUUACUUGCUAUGUGGGGUCUUUGUUUCGCAUUUUCUUUUCUUUCGCUGGGCCCUUUUGAAAACUGGAGUUACGUGGUGUUUAAUCCGACAACAGCGCAUUGUGGAAUAGCUUUCCCAAAUUCACUUGCCGACAAAUUGAAGUUGUCAUUACUUGCUCUAGUGGCAUUUAUUGUUCCAAUUUGCGGCAUGUCUUUCGCGUAUUGUCGAAUUUUCUUUAAGGUCAGUUCACACGAAGGCAAAAUGAACCAGAACGCCGAACGUCAAGGUAACCAGCUGUCGGUGGUUACCAAAAGACUCGCUGUCACAUUAUGCCUGAUGUUCAGCACUUUUCUUAUUUGUUGGUUGCCGUUUUUCAUCCUUAUUGCACUGGCAAUUGUUUCAGAGGAUGUGUCGACCCUUCCUUGGUACCUUGGUCGCAUUGCCUACUGGAGCGGAUACCUAAAUUGCGCCAUGAACCCUUCUCUAUAUUGUUUGCGAUCUUCUGCCUUCAAAGAUGUGAUACGCCGACCUUCGUCAGCAAGUGCUGAAGGUUCAGUCAAACCGUUAGUCAACAGGAGUCAGAGGGCUUUCUCACUACCCGCCAUAUCGUAUAAUAUGAAGCGCCCCAUAUCAAAACGAGUUGGAAGGCAAAGUUAUCCGAACGCCGGUCUGAGCGUAUCGACUCACGAUCUGCCAACAUGCGCCGAGGUGGAUGUGGCUCGCUUGAGAGCGUACUCUUGUUCCAGUUAUGAAAUAAAAUGCAAAGAAAACACACAGAUAAAUCAACAAAGUGUAGAGCUAUAG